AAAAAAAUAAAUUUAAUAAAUAAAAUUAAAAAUAAGUGAAUGCGGUCGGCUAUUCCAUAAAAUCUCUUAUAUAUAGGGCUAUAUUGCCCCCUUCGGAAAAUUACCAGCAAUAAUAGCACCACCUAUCGUAUAUUAGCCAGAUGUAAAAAAUAUUGAUUUUUAGAAUCUUCUUAUCAGUACUCGCAAUAUGUGAGCAUAACAAAACCAGCCGUCGUAUACUUCACAAUCCUACAAACCUUUUUGCUUAUAAGAUGCGAAACUAGUGCCAGACAAACAUAUCAAUUUGAAGACAGUAGCAUACCCCACGGCUGAAAACCUCCCAACCCUCAUCCUACAUUUUCGUUGUUUCCUGGUGAAGAAAUUCAUCCGCAUAUUGCACAUACCUACACACUCACGCAACCGUUUUUAUUCGGAUUUUGACGCACGUGUGUCUGUCACAAAAUCCAGCCACAAGAACAAAAUCAGCAGGCACCAAUCAAAUAACUUCAGGCUACAUCCUUCAAUAGCGUCAGCAACAUAGGGCUCGCCGAGACUGCCGUACUGGACAUUAUGGCUGCUAACCUACAACAGCAGCGCAUCAUUAACGAACAGUUGCGACGCGAGGCGAAUGUACCGCGCAUACAGGUGUCACAGGCAUGUCAGCUGAUGAUGAAAUACAUGCUGGAGCAUGAGAGUGAGGAUUGCCUGCUAAAUGGUUUCUCUAGCCAAAAAGUGAAUCCAUUUCGCGAAAAGAAUUCAUGUAGUAUUUUGUAAGUAUUUUUCUUGCCUUGAGUAGGCGAAACAAGGUUGCAAUUUUUAUUUUGUUUCCCUAAGGUGUUUAAAAUAAUUUAAAACUAUACAACUUGUUCCAACAAUACUAACUAUUUAUUAUUUUAUAUACAUACAUAUAUGUACAUGUAUACAUGUAUACAUAUAUGUAAACAUAUUUAAAACAUGAUUUUAUUUAUAAUUAAAUUGGUUUAAUUGCAACCAUUGCCAAACUCUCAACUCUAAAUGAAAACAAAAGUCUCAUAAGCAACCUCAAUUACCUAGAAGCUGUCUAAGUAGAAUGUGUAGAAGCGAUAAAUCGCAAAGACAUAAAUGUUUAACUUGUAUACGCGCACUAAGAGAACAAAUAAAAUAAA